GAAAUGAUUCGAAGCGUUCCUAGGCGUUACUAAUUUCAAUAAAUAAAUAAAAAUUUCGUUUCUCUAUUCUAAUUAAGUCAGUCCAGGUGGAUAAAAGGGCAAAAUUUUCGUGCAGCACGCAAUGAUAACUAGAUGGAAACAUGCAAAAUUUGACGUCUUCUAUCGAUUCCGAACAUUUUGAUUGUCAAAUACUUCUAUUCAAGACGUGGUUUUAGAAAUUACUGGUGUAAAUAUUAGAGUAUUAACAAUAAAAUAAAUCAAGAAAUGACUGAAAGAAUGUGGACCACAGCAAUACCUUCUGAAGACAUACCAGGGAUUUUGAAAACUAUUCGUUUAUUUUUAGAGAAUAUCAAGUUCACUGAUACAAUUAAAGCUCUCGAAGCAGAAAUCAAAGCCCAUAAUUUCCAUUGUGCUUCCAUAUCGACUCCGAAAUUUCUUAUUUUAACCCCAUCUUCCAUAUCCACGUCUUGUAAGAAAAACAGAACUGAUUUGGGUUAUUAUCCGGUGAAUAUUUAUCCAAAAUGUUACCGAGUUCACAGCGUAGAAAAUGCAACCAGCCCUCAAGAUAUAGAUGUCUGCUAUGCAGAAGAAAUUCAUCCCCAUUACGAAGAUUCGCUCCAAUCUAUCAGUUCUGGUGAUAAACGUAAUAUGUUUCAAAAAGAUGGCCAAAAUUUAAUGUGUGUAACUUUUCGCUUACUUGAGUCGAUAAAAAUUCAAGUGAGUGAAUACAACAACAAUGAGCCUGAAGUUUGCUUAAGAUCUACAAAUACUGUAAACACUCUGAUAGAUAACAUGGACUUUUUGCUACCAAAAGCGUCAACAAAUUACUGUAAAAGGGUUAAAACAGCUGAAAAUUCAAAAGAAUUUGAGGAAGAAGUUGAAAUAAAUACUACAGUAUUAUCGACGUCAGAUUCAAAUGAACUUUCCGAACUCUACUAUCAACAUUUCGAGGAGUUUGAAAUACUCAACAAGUCAACCAACGAACCAUCGGAUUCAUUUACGAAAGCAAACUGGGGUGAUCCUGACGAUCCAGAAACGCAAAGUAACGAAGAAAACGAAACAACUGUCGAAGGAGUUGAGACAACAACUGUUAACAGACAAAUGGCCGAUUGUGAAAAAGCUGCCGAUGAAAAUAACGGACGUGAAUGUUGUUGUAGCAUUUGUAUGAACCAAGAAGAUGUGAUGGAUGAUGAUGAUAAAGUUUCAUAUACUGAAUACGCUGUUGCUUACGGGGCCGCCCCAAUUGAGGAUUAUUUCCCUAUAGACAUCCAUAAGAUCAAAUAUCACCUGUUAAAAGGAACUGAUCUUACCAAAGAAUUACUACUGCAGGCACUUAGAUGGCGUAUCACUCAGACCAGUGAUGAGAUAAGGUGCCGUGAAAUGGAAUUGUAUAUACGAAAUAAUUUGUUCGGAUUAAAAGUUGCAAAAAAAGAAUGCCAAUUUACCGGGUCAAUUAUAAAGAACUGUUUGGAAAGAGAGCCGGAUGCGAAUGGAGAGAUUAACGAUGUCCAAUCGAACGCCGCAAGAAUUUUGAACUGCUUUGCAUCUUUAAAAGUUGGAAGAGAUUAUUUAUGCCAAGACGAGCAGUUCUUAACAGAAACUCUGUUACCAUUUGUCAUAAAUGAAAAAUAUGAUAGUGUAAUAGUACAGGACAUGCUGAUUGCCACACUUCAAAAGUUAAGCCUUAGAAAACGAGCUAGGCAACUUAUGAUUGAAGGAGGUUUAAUCCAAUACCUUGUAACAUUUCUAACAAAUAAUUACGAAUCAUUGAAUGAUUACUGUUUGGAAUAUUCUGUUGCUUUAUUAAUGAACCUGUGCCUUCAACGGGAAGCAAAGAGCGUUUGCAAAAGUAUAUCAAGAGAAAUGGUGAGUCUAUUGACCACCAUUUUGUACACUACCAGGGAAUGCUGUAUGCCGUAUGUAAAUGGCACCCUCUUCGCCAUCUUGAGGGACAAAACAAUCAAUGCAGAUGCGAAGGAUGGAAAAUUGGGAGCGGCUAUAUUAGAACAAGCAAAGCUGACGAAAAGCGAGGAGAACAAGAACCAAUUGGAAUUUAUUUACAGGAUGCACGUGAGAGAUAAUUUCGACAUGUGUCCGUGCAGGUCAAACACAGGGCCGGAAAAUGAAUUAGAUUUAUUGGAACCGGAGCUAGACAUUUCAGACGGUGUUAGGAGUAGAUUUUAUGGGGAAAGUUUAUUGCAAUUUUAUAGGCUGGGAGGCAUACAAGGCUCUGAUGAAGGAGGUCAAUCAUCUUUAAAAUGUUUCUGCAAACCGGCUUCAUUGAACAGAAACGUCAAACCGUACAACGUAGCCGAACAAGGUAUUGUUACAACAAGGAAAAAUAAUAGCGUAAAAGUUACAUACGAAGUGUAUUUGGAUCCAGCAGAGAAAGACAAGCUUAUCAAAAAGAUAGAACAAGAGGAUGCUGAAUGCAGAAGUAUAGACCAACAACUGGACGAUCAGUGUGAAUUAGAAAGGGAGAAAAAGAAAGUGUCGUUCAAAAGUAGCGACUCCGAUAUGCGUGAGGUCUUUAUCAUCGGAGAAAGCUCACCUUGCAGUGACGAACAACAGAUACCAGAACAAGAAGGGCAACUUCCAAGUAUUCAGGAAGAAGAGCAACAGCCAGAAAUGGAAGAGAAAGGACAACAGGUAGAACUACAAGAAGAAGAGUCACAAACAGAAGUAGAACUAUUGCAAGUAACCGAACAACAAUCACAAACAGAAGAAGAACUAUUACAACUGGCCGAACAACAAUCAGAAACAGAAGAAGAACAUCAACAAGAAACAGAAGAAGAACAUCAACAAGAAACAGAAGAACAAGAGCAAAAACAAGAAGCUGGCGAAGAAGACUUUGAUCAAACUGAAUCAGAACAGUUCGAGACACUAGAAAUUUUGAAAGAAGCUGAGGAAAGUGUUUUUCCCUCGAUCGUACAGUACGAGACGGAGGAUAUACUUUCGGAAGGAAGGAAUAGCAAUGCAGUGUACGUACAAACGGAAUCCACUGAAAACGAAAAAAAGAAUGAAACCGAAACUCUCCCGAAUAUAGACUCGAAAAGGAGUGGCAAAAAACCCACAAGGAAGCCGGUUCCAAAGUAUACGAAGCACUCGCAACUAACCAAACCUGGUGGCACUGCUCCCGAUUAUUGGAAACAGAGGAAAGCACAUUGGGACCCCGUACAGCCAAAACCGAAACCAAAGCUGACUGAAUAUAAACAACCAAAACCAAUUUUAGCCCAAAGUAGACAACCGAAACCACUUUUACCUGACACCAGACAUCCAAAAUCGAGAUGUGAGAGAAACGAACAACCUCGGAUUAAUGAAAAACAGGACAUGCACAUGCCAGUGUCUUAUUUCGGUUGUUACAGGAAUUAUUCGGACGUUGGAAGAUUAUUUCUUAACAGUGCGAACCCAUGCACUUACACGUCUACCACAGUGUGUCCAGAUGAGCGCACGAAACGUAACAAAUACUCGUGCGGUUGCUAUGACAAAAUUAAAUGUUACGUGGCUCAACUUGAUAAUAAUUGUUGUAAUAAAAAUCCUAACCACCGCUGUUCGAAUAACGCAUAUGCCUGUUAUAAUAUGAUGGGUCUGACAUCUCCGGAAGUUGAAACUUCAACCCCCGAUAAUAGUUCGCAUACGAUUAACCUUAAGAAUAACAAAGUCAAUGUCGUUUCGUCAACGGAUGAUGUCGAUAUGACAAUACCGUACUAUAAUUGUGAGGUUCUAUGUGAGAGCUCAAAAAUUAUGCAAUCAAAUCAGUGCCAUUAUUAUAAGGUUGUCUUCCAGUCAAGACCAAAAAUUGGAAGGACCCCGCCUCAUUAACAUAUACGUGUAACAUAUUGUAUUUCAAACAUUGCUAUUUAUGAAUUUUAUUGCUUUUCUAAUUCGAUUGUUACUAAAGUAAACGUUAAUAAAUACAUAAACUAUA